AUGAGGAGUGGUCAAACUGUGUCAAAUCUUGGCCGACUGCCAGCAUCGAGAUAUAUCGCCUGCCGUAAAGUGCAGCUCGAAACUUCUACACAGCAAGCAAUUAAUUUUAGGCUCCUGAGCUCUACCAAUGACGGAAUUAGACGCUACAUGCAGACAAACCAUUCUCACAGAGUAUUAGAUGGUGCAGGUCCAGAAAGAUGGAGCUUCAAAUUCAAGACUGGUCCCCCCAAAAACGACAGUGCAAAGCAAGUGAGGGGCCAAAGCGAACAAAGUGGUCCAUCAGAGUCCAAUAACGGCUCCUCCAAAUGGUCUACUUACUCUAUGCCCUCUAAAGAGGCGCUUUUGCAACAGAAACAUGAAGAAGCUGAUCGUCAUAUCAAGGAAGGUGCUGAGAAACUCGGGUCCCAAAUCGAGGCACAACGCACAGAACAAACUAAAAAACCAAAGAGAAAAUUGAGACCACGCAAGGCGCUGAUAUCUCUCACCCCUAACGCUCUAUUGCAUUUGAAACUAUUGCUGAACCAGCCCCAACCACAGCUGAUCAGAAUAGGCGUGAAAAACCGAGGUUGCUCGGGCCUGACGUACGACUUGGAGUUCAUAACGGCACCAGGGAAGUUCGACGAAGUGGUGGAGCAAGACGGCGUUAAAGUGGUGAUAGAUUCUAAAGCAUUAUUCAGCAUAGUGGGGAGCGAGAUGGACUGGAUCGACGAUAGGUUGUCGUCUAGGUUUGUGUUUAAAAAUCCAAAUUCGAAGGGAACCUGCGGAUGUGGUGAGAGUUUCAUGGUUUAA